AUUGUUAUACAGUUUGUUUUGAGUACUCUUUCAUAUCUUCAAAAUAUCUCUAUAUAUCCAGAAACACAUAACAAAUUUGGCAUGGGUCUGUGUGGUAUCUGCUGGUAGAAAAAUGAAAUAAAUUGAAUUGAAUUAUUAGGACUUUGUUACUAUAAAUUGUUAUCUGAUCUACAGUACUUGUAAAAAUUGAACAUCAAAAACAGCGGCUUAAUUCGGCGAAAUCAAUUUUGAACUCUACGUAUUCGUGUUACGAGACAAAAGACCAUUGUAAAGUGGCACAACGAGUCCCAGAUGCGCCCGUAACAGUGUGGCUUGCAACGAUCUAUAAGUUUCACUUGGGGACAGCUACAGAGGGGGGCCAAGUUGGGAACUUUUUUUCAUAUCCAGAGAGUCAUUUGGGUCAUUUUGUACGGAAUAUAUGUACAUUAAUCUUAACUCGUCACAGUAUGUCUGUCAUCAACACCUCGGAGACGGAGCCUACAACAUGGACACAACAACAAGAAUGCCAGGACAUGCAAGCUGAACUGUUGAUUCCUGAACAACAUCAGCAACAACAACAACAACAAUAACAACAACAACAACAACAACAACAGGGGAAGAAAAGGAGAUUCCAUAACCUGAGGUCAAUGAUAAAGGGUCCGAGCGUCACCAAGACCGGACUGGACAAGAACAACUUCACGCAGAAGAAAACCAUGGCGCAAGGGUUCAUGGUCAUGGCACUGAUAACGGCAAGCACCACUCAGCUAAAACUAGUCCUGUAUGAGGGCAUUCAUGAUCGAAUCUCCCUGUUCGAGUUCGUGAUGUUCCUGCUGGUGUGUUCUAUCCUGGUACAGAUCCUGGUGGGAAUCCUGCUGUUCAUCAAGUCCCGCUACAACAUCGAGGACCCGGAGCACCACAAACACGCAGAGAUGGCCAACAACUGGGUUACAGGCUUGGUUAUGAUUGUCGUCAUCCUCAACGUCUUUAUCUCGGCCUUCAUCAUGUUGGAUGGGUCCAAGCCCGUAAAGCCACCUUCAGACUCCCCCCCUGUCUGUGUUUGUAAUUGUCCUACUUGUGACGCCCCAGUUAAUCUGUGUUGUUAGCUAUACAAGUCAUCUGAAUACGAUUUGAACUGUAAUUUCAAACAUUAAAACGGGAUUUUCGAAAAAGUCCUAUUGUCGUGAUCACAGUUAAACCAUGCUGCGUGUCAAUAAAUGUU